AUUGAUUACACUCGCAAUAGUUUACUGACAAUCCUUUUGUAAGCAGCUGUCAACAGCAACAAAUUAGCUCAAAUGCUCGCGCUAAAAAUUUAAAGAGUAUUUCAUAAACUUAUUAAAUUAUUAAGUGUUUUCAGAAAAAAAAUCGUGAAAAUAAAUUAAUUGUUGAGAUAUUAGCAAAGCAACUGUGAACAUGUCUGGAUUUUCUUUUGGAAACCCGUCACAACAACAGGCGGCUGGUUUUAGUUUCGGCACUUCUGCAGCACCGGCCGCAGCUAGCACGCCAGCAUUUGGAGCUGCUGCAGCGCCUACGUUUGGUGCGAAUGCUGCAACUGCCACCACCGGCUUUGGCGCAACCGGAUUUGGAGCAGCUACGACGGCACAAGCGCCUGCAUUUGGAGCAACCGCAAAUCCAACAGCGACCGUAGCACCAUUUGGUGCAAGUGCUACAACUGCAGCACCUGCUUUUGGGGCUCCACCUACUGCCGCUGUAGCGCCCACCUUUGGUACAGCGGCUCCCACAUUCGGUGCAACAGCCGUCAGCAGCGCAGCACCGUCUUUUAACUUUGGUGGUUUGGGGGGAACAGCUACAACAGCGAAUGCGCCAACGAGUGCAGCACCAGCAUUUGGUUUUGGCGGACUUGGUGGUACGGCUGCUACGAGUACGGCGACAUCAACUGCACCGACGCUCGGUUUCAGUGGUCUAGGUGGUGGUUUGUCGUUUGGUAAACCCGCAGGCACAACGACAUCCGCUAGUUUAAAUUUCGGCACAACAACAACUUCAGUUGCAACAGGCGGAAUGUGGAAGCCAGCUGCCACCUCAACCACGGCGACUGCUACACCGUUUGUUGGUCUGGGUGGUGUUGAUGUAAGUUCAACGCAACCAAAAGCGGGCGAUCUAAAACAAGACAGCGUCAAGAUAAAAGAAACUAUUGUGCCAGAUGAGAUCGCAAAAACUGUUGACACUCUUAAAUCGCACAUAAAAGCACAAAAAACACUUUCCUCAGAUAUUGGACGCACAUCUACUUCGAAACUGUCCAAUGUAUCCAACGAAAUAAACAAUAUCCAAUGGGCACUCCAGGAGAUUUCCAACUCGGUGGACACCAACUACAAACAAAUAAAGCUGCUGCGUAAGGAAACCUCAAAAACCAUACAGGCUGUGGAAAUGGCGCAGCGUACACAGGAUACGCCAGCUGGGCUACAAUUUGAAAAUACAGCUCCCUUUCAAUUCUUCCUCAGUUUAGUAGCCAAGUAUGAGCAGGAUUUGAUCAACUUUCGUCAGCAAAUUGCGUUAACUGAGCACCAUAUGCGCUCGCUAACCAAUCCGCAAACAGUAUCCCCCGACGAUUUGAAACGUGGCUUCCGACAAAUAAACGAGAGCUUCGUUUCGCUCGCCGGACGUUUGCACGAAUUGCACCAGAAAGUGGAGACGCAGAAAGAACAAUUCCUGAACUUACGAAAAUAUCGCCUGCGCGAUACUACAAAUGUAUUUGCCAAGAUCGACAAUCCCGAAAGCAAGGUCGACACAGCGAAUAUCACCUGCGGACCGACACCGUUUUCCAAUAUUUCUGCAAUGAGCGCAUUUGGAAAGAGCUUUAACAACGCAUCGGCAGCAGCGGCGGGAAGGACUGGGAACGCUGCGACGGCUGGUGCUAAAUGAUUGAGUGAAUGAGAAUGAUAUUGUUAAGGAAAUGUUUUCUCUGAUAAUGUUUGGAUAUAACCGUUAACACUUUAUUGCAAAUCGUUUUUAAUAAAAGAAAGCACUUUUUGAAAAUUCUGAAAUAA